UCAGCUCUCCACACGCGCAUGCCUUAGCGGGGAUGACUUCCCUUUAACAGCGUGUAGUUUUAACUGUAUCAUAAAGCUGUUUUCUUUAUUAAAACCAUGUCGGAGUUAAAAAUAAACUCCCAGUUCGCUCAGAAAUACGAGAAAUACCGACAGAAGGAAGAACUACAGAGACUGAAGGACAAAUACGGAGAUCGAGGAGAUGAGACUGAGUCGUCCGAGUCCAGCUCUGAUGACAGUGAAGUGGAGCUGGACCCUGAAACUGAGAGGGAUUUUUACAGGACAUUGUCACUGCUGAAGAAGAAAGACCCAAAGAUCUAUCAGACAGAUGCUAAGUUCUUCUCAGAAGGUGCAUCCAUCAGUGAUGAGAAGCCGUCAACCUCGAAGACAGCAGUGAAGCCCAUGUAUCUGAAGGACUAUGAACGUAAAGUGAUACUGGAGAGGGAGGGUAAAUACGAGGAUGACGAUGACAGUGAUGACGAGGAAGCCGUCAGGAGAAUAGAGAGAGCUGCCUCUCCGAGCUACAUUCAAGAGCAGCGGGAGCUGAAGGAAAGCUUCCGUAAGUUUGUCCAGGACAGCGAUGAAGACGACGAUGACGACGGUGAGGGAGAAGGAGUGUCUGAGCUGCUGACCAGGAGGGUGAAGACACAGGAGGAGAAGGAUAAAGAGGAGGCGGACUAUGUGGAGUGGCUGAAAGGCCAGGCUGACCUCGAGGGUCCGGAGGAGGUGAAGGACAUGAAAUAUUUAAGGGACUACUGGAACGACCCGCAGCUGGAUGAGAAGGAGUGUUUCCUGAGAGACUACGUCCUCAACAAGGGCUACCUCGAUGAGGACGACGAUGACGACCGGAUCCCAACCUACGAUGAGGUGGUCCAGGAUGACGUGGAGGAUUCUGAAGAGGAAGGGGAGACUUUCUUGGAGAGGCAGGAGGACUUUGAGAGAAGCUACAACUUCCGCUUUGAAGAGCCUGACGCUCAGCAGAUCAAGACGUAUCCCCGCAACAUCGCCACUUCUGUACGCUCCAAAGACGACCGCAGGAAACGCAAAAGGGAGGAAGUGAAAGAAAGGAAGCAAAAGGAGAAAGAGCAGAAGCGAGAGCAGCUGAAGCAGCUCAAGAACUUGAAGAGAGGUGAGAUCAUGGAGAAGCUGAAGACGCUUCAGGAGCUGACCGGCAACGAGCAGCUCGCCUUCAGCCAGACUGACCUGGACGGAGAAUUUGAUCCACAAAAACACGACCAGCUCAUGCAGAAAUUCUUUGGAGAUGAAUAUUACGGAGAAGAAGAAGAGGAGAAACCUCAGUUUGAGGAUGAUGAUGAAUUUGAGGAGCACUGGAACUGGGACACUUGGACAGGAGAGGAUCGAGAUGAGGACUAUGGUGAAGAGGAGUAUGAUGAAGAGGAGAAUGACGCCUCUGGGCCCCACUGUGAUGAUGAAAACUUCAUUAUGGAUGCAGACUACGACCCGACCCAGCACGCCGCCUCCAAGAAGAAGAAGAUAAAAGAGAGGAAGAAGAUGAAGAAAGAGGAUCUGCCGCAAAUGGGCAAAAGGAGAAAAAAGUCUCACUUUGCUGAAGUCAUCACCAAACACAAGCCUGUGUUUGAUCCACAGGAGAAAUCCUUCGAGCAGUACCUGGAUGAAUACUACAAGCUGGACUACGAGGACAUCAUCGACGACCUCCCCUGCAGGUUCCGCUACAGGCAGGUCCUCGCCAAUGACUUCGGCCUGACCACUGAUGAGAUUUUAACGGCUGAUGACAAGGAGCUGAACCACUGGUGCUCUCUGAAGAAGACGUGCAUGUUCAGGUCUGAGAAGGAAGAGAUGAGUGAUUUGAAGAACUAUAAAAUCAAGGCCAAGAAUGAGAAGAAGAAGAAAGAAGUCUUGAGCUCUGUUUACUCUCAGGAGGACAGAGAGCUGACAGAGGCGAAGACCAAGGUGGGGAAGAAGAAAAGAGAUCGUCUGAAGGACGCUGAGAAGCGAGAGGCAGCAGAGGACGGUGACGCCCCCGCCAUCAUGGACUCUGCAGACGACACGCUCGCCCAGGCUCUCAGAGAGGCAGUGGAUGAGGAGGAGGAGGAGGAGGAGGAGGAGGAGAUUCUGGUACCCAAGAACAAGAAGAUGAAACAGGAAGAAGAGCCACAGGAAGAGGAGCCGCAGACAGAGGUGACCGCUGUGGAAGCAGCAGGUAAAGAUGACCAAAGGACUGAGAGGCCCAAAUGGUCGAAGAAGAAGCACAAGUCCUCCGGUGGACGCCUCAUAUCAGGAAGCAGCGGGGUGAAAAUAGGCGGGCGUGAGUUCAGUCGACAGAGACUGAAGGCGUAUGGCCUGAAUCCCAAGAGACUGUUCUUCAGACAGCUCGGCCGACAGAGACGAAAAGAACGGGAGAAGAAAGAGAAGCUGAAGAACAAAGAGUGACGACACCUCAGAUUAACUGUCGAUGUACGAUCCUGUGAUUCCUACGGUCCACAAAUUAAACACAUUUUAAAAACA